CUGGCUUGACGGGCGAGAAAACCCGUAAAUCUCGAGGAGGUUCUUGACCCUUGUAUUUUUGGCAGCGCCAGCUUUACCGAGCAGGCUGUGUCUGAGAGACAUGGGAAAAUCACUUUCUCACCUGCCUAUGCACACGUGCAAGGAAGAUGGCUAUGAUGGAGGCACAGUGUCUGAUAAUAUGAGGAAUGGGUUAGUUCACUCAGAGUCGCACAAUGAAGAUGGCAGAUGUGGAGAUGUAUCGCAGUUUCCCUAUGUGGAAUUUACAGGAAGAGACAGCGUCACCUGCCCGACUUGCCAGGGAACAGGAAGAAUUCCACGAGGGCAGGAAAAUCAGCUGGUAGCGUUAAUUCCAUACAGUGAUCAGAGACUGAGGCCAAGAAGAACAAAGCUCUACGUGACUGCUUCUGUAAUUGUAUGUUUACUGCUUUCUGGGCUGGCUGUAUUCUUCCUGUUUCCUCGCUCAAUCGACGUUGAAUACAUUGGUGUGAAGUCAGUAUAUGUCACUUAUGAACAGGGUAGACGUAUAAUAUAUCUAAAUAUUACGAACACAUUAAAUAUAACAAACAACAACUAUUACUCUGUUGAAGUGGCAAAUAUCACAGCCCAAGUUCAGUUUUCAAAAACAGUUAUUGGCAAAGCACGGCUAAACAACAUCACCAACAUUGGUCCUCUGGAUAUGAAACAGAUUGACUAUAUGGUGCCCACAGUCAUACAAGAUGAAAUGAGCUACAUGUUUGACUUCUGUACUUUAGCAUCUAUCAAAGUGCAUAACAUAGUAGUGAUGAUGCAAGUGACGGUGACAACCUCUUACUUUGGCCACUCUGAGCAAAUAUCCCAGGAGAGAUACCAGUAUGUGGACUGUGGAGGAAACACAACCUACCAGCUGGGCCAGUCAGAAUAUUUAAAUGUACUUCAGCCUCCGCAAUAAAAGCACCUGUUGGUUAGUGUGGAAUGACUGCUGUUGAUGCUUGCAGAGAUCCUUUGAAUAGGACUUGUACUAUGUGGAGAGUAUGUGCAUGUAAAGCGUAGCGAACGUGGUGACCUGUUCACUUUAGAUGCAAGGAGGGAAAAGGUGCAAAAUGUAUAUAGAUGCACUUGUUAAAUGUUGUGUUUUCCCCUUCUGUUUGCUUUCUAUUACUGUAAGCACUUCUGUCGAGUUGUGUGGUGGGAGGGAGAGGGGGAAUAUCAGAUUCUUGAACUGAAUUGGGACCUUUCCUUACAGUGUGGCACAUCACUUAGAGUAACUGUGUGUAUGUCUGUGUUUAGGUGAAAUGUGAGCAUUUUAGAAAAAUUGAUACUCAUAAAUUUUAAGUUUAUACUUCAGUUCUUGAUAUUUGACUAUUGAAACUGACAGUAUUACUACUUAAGUAACAAGAUUACUUUGAGGUAUCUGGGUGUGAAACUUCUCUUAGUAAACCAAUGCUGAUAGUUCUUUAUUUUGGGAUUCUACUUUUUAUUUGCUAUACGUGAUUAGAGGUGACAUGCAGUCUGUGAAAGCCAGGGAAGCUCUCUUGGAUGACACUAUACUUGAAUGUUCAACUUCUAGAAUCUGGCAUCUUUUGAUUCAUAUUCCCUCCUGCUACCUCUGCGAUGUUAUAAGGAGAAUGUAUGUUGUUAGAUUUAAAGUUGGGUUUAAAAACAAAACAAAAACCAACCCCUAGAAUCAUUACUGACAAAGGAAAAAUUUAAGACUGUUGAAAAUGAAUGGGUAAAGACUCUGAUGGCGUCAUUCUACUUUGUUUUUUAGUAAACUUUUGAGUACAGCUAUUAGAAUCAAGAUUGUGCAGUUGGAACUAGGUGGGGAAACUGUUCGAGCAUGGGUUUGGGCAGCUUGAUGUAAAUUUUCAUCAUUUUUGUUUUAAUGUACUGUGUAUCUAAGCUACUUGUAAGUGUUAAUAUGUUGGGGCGUGUAUAUUUAGUGUGCAGGCUCAAUAAGCAGUGCAGUAGUUAUCUGAAUCUCCAGAGCACGCACAGUUCACAUCAAAGUUAUGUAAGGGAGAAUAAAGCAAUUCUUUCUCUGAGACUAAAUGCCGAUGUAAUCAUGCGACUGACUUAUAACAAAGCUGUUAAAUAGUUUCAGCAGGAUAGUUUGCACAGUGAGAAUUUCUGGGGUUAUUAUCAAACAUGGUGAUUGUAACUUUUGGGUCCAAAGUUGCCUGACUUCUGAAGGCUGACUGUUCUGAGGGUUAGGUACAAAACUUUUUAAUUAACUAGAUUAGGAUUGUUUUAUUUCUGAAUUAGAUAAGAUGCAGCUGUAAGAAGGUAUUAUUGAGACUGUUGCAUUGUAAUGAAUAAUAUAUUUUUUAAAAUAGAUGUUGCAGUUUUUAUGCUGCCCAUCUCCUGGAAAUAAGCUAUAUAAAAUGAAUUAGCAAUAAACACUAUGGAAAAAGGCUGCUGAGUAACUUCUUGCAACUAACAAUCUCUUAUGCUCCAGUACUUCAGUGAAGGUACAUGUCUUUAUUACUCUUUUCUUUAUCAGCCUUUCUUAGGUGGACCUAAUUGGGUGGGUGGGGGAAAGAAUGUUGAUGAUGUAAGACUGAUUUAAAAGAAAUUAAGUAACCAUAAAAAACCUUCCUCUGUUUGAAUGCUAUGUUUGAAUUACUCAAUGUCUAUGAAAAACUUUGGAACUUAAACUGUCAGUUUCAUGUAAUUGUUGGUAAGAUGAAGAUGUCAGCUUUUGGCUUUGGAGGACUUCUGGAACUGGAAUAGUCAAUUCUGACGACUUACUGUAGUUACAUUCUGAAAAUUAUUCUUGAAUCUGGGUACUUAAAAGUAAACAUUCUUUAUUACAGCUUACAAUCAUAAGAGAAACUAAUUCACAGUUGACUCUAAUCUUCCUAGAGUAUAGAUGAGGUUCAGUCCUGUGGCUGAUAAAAUGCACGCAGAAGCUUGUCUGAUGGUCUGAGUGUAUAUAUAGGUGAUAACUAAAGACCAGGAUAGUGGGGAGCUGAUUAGAAGCAGAAAGGUAAACUCUACUAUGUUACCUGUUGUGGAAAGACUUGUUUAUAUUGGAGGGUAGGGAGAGAAUUCUGAUUUAAACCAUGUCAGACCUGAAGUCACCCAGCAAGUGAUAUGGGUUUUUUCUUCUAGGCCUAAGUAUUUACACUUAGAGUGUUGGUUUUGUUUGUUUUGGGUUUGUUGUGUUUUGUUUGUUCUUUUUCAACUUAAAAAAACCCCCCAAAACAAGAAAACUGCUCUAGGCAGGUAUUUAUAUCAAUUUAAAACAAAUUUUUCUUCAAAGGAUAAAAGGUAAUCUAAAAUAACUGGAAUGGCACAGUGAUAAAAUUAUUUGGUGACAGUAGCGAAUGCUGCUUGAACAAGCGUGGCGGGGGGAGGUUACACUGUUUAUGCAGCAUUGAGACUCGGACUGACCUUUGAAAGUUUGGUAGACAUGCUGAACAAAAUACGUACUUAAAUCUCUGGACCUUAUGUUGCAUGAAAUUCUUGGUAUUGGCUAAUUUAAAAUAAUUAUGAGUGGAAUUAUUCUUUCCGUGAAUGUGGCAGAAGGGGGAAGAUACAACUCUUAUUUUUGAUGUCUGUCAUCUGGGAUAUGUAAUGGAUGUAGACUUACUGAAUGACUAAGAGUUCUCACCUUAAAAAUAAAGGCUGGAGUAAAGAUCCUAUUGAAAAAUCCUCAAGUGAAGUCAGUUACAGGAAAAUCAAAAGCUUAAGGUUCCACGUGUACUAGUAUGUCCUUGCGAAACUGUCAGCAUAUUACUAACCAAACAAGGCAAGAUUUUGAACUUACCUGCUUAUCUGAAGAGAUGGUAUAUUAAAAUUAAUAGUUAAGACAUCUGUUUGAAUACUUAACUUAGACUUGAUUUUCUGUGGCUGAGCUUGGAAACAUGCUAAGGGAGCAAAGGAAGUCAGUAUUAACUCAUAUAACUUUGUAAACAAGCUAUGAGAAUAGAUCCGAGUGACAGACCUGUAAUUAUUUCACAUUUAUUUUUUAUCUUAUUUUAAAAUAAAAAAGGCAGGCCUUUCAGUUCCUUGUAAAUCAGUAAGUACAAAUUCUCUCCGGAAGGUCAACUUGAAGAAUCGUAAUCUUUUUUCUGGUUUGUUUUCCUGUGUGUAAGAUGUUUUCUGAAGUGAUUCGUAUUCCACUUGUAGCUUCCCCAUAAUCUUCGAAUACUAUUAAAUACAUACAUACUGGCAUUGUAGCGUUGUGUUUCAAGGGGUUUAUUUCUAGUAUAAUUCUUUUCACUUGAAUGUUUUGCAGCAAUUCCUGUACCAAAACCUGUUGCGCUUUAAAAUGGAAGCUCUGUUAGUUAUCUCUUAAAACAGUGGUCCAGAUGUUGCACUGUAAUGGCACCAUUGAAAAACAAAACUUAAGGUAUUCUGUAUAGAAUAACUGUAAAAUUUCAAAAUUAUAACCUAAGAUAAAUUCAUAUGGAACACUUAAAUGAGUAAAAAUGUUGGCUAUUUGGCCAUUCUGACCUGGAGAACAAAAUUACUUUACGUUUUAAAUAUGAUGCUUUAAAAAUGAAUGAAUAAAGCCACCAAACAAACUCAAAGAUCUAACCAUCAAAUAUCCAUUUGGAGAGAUUUAAAGGGAAGCGCUCUUACUAAAAGAUGUAGUACCUGACACUUUCUCUUGAAUUCCUGGUGUGGGAAAAAGCCUGUAGAAGCUCAGUCAUAAUCUGUUUACUCAUCUUGAUAUUUAGGGGAUAGUUGCUUAAUUCUUAAUGUUUCAUGAAGGCAAGCAUAACUAUCUUUUUCCUGUGUGGUAUAGCUUUGAAGUUCUCAAUGCGCUUCUGAUGCGUGCAUGACCUUGAUAUUAACAUUGUGGUGUUUAUAUUUUGCAGCCUUAUGUUGGCAGACUUAAGUACAUGCCUUAGUUGACUUUGCUCCAAAUUGUCCUUGAAGUUCUGCAAGUGAAUAAGUUGUUGUUGUUUUUUUUUUUAUAGUAGUACAUUGCAAACAUGACUCUGGGCUUUUUAGUGUGUGGUGUAUAAAGCUAACCAUUUAAGCACUGAGUCUCUCAGUGCUUGGAUUGAACUGUUAAGGUCUUUAACCAUCUGACUGAAGUGUUGUGCCCUCAUGAUGGAAAGGAUGGUGCUUGGAGUAGUAUGAGAGAGAUUUUUAGAUUCAGAAAAUGUUAAAAGAAAAAUAGCGUUAUUUCUUAUUCAGUACUUAAGGCUUCCUUUUUUUGUGGUGGUGAUGGGGGAGUUAGUUGUGGUUUUGUUUUUCUUCCCACCCCCCAAACCGGUAGUGGGACAUCUAUCUGUUCCCAGACAGCAUCUUCUGAAAUGGGUGACUUGUUUCAGAGUUGGGCAGCUACGUGAAGCUUAACAUCAGUUGGGCUGGACUUCAAGAGUUAAGAGAUAAGUAAGACUAGCAGUAAUACCUCUAAGAACUAAAUUUUUUACUUGCCUGUCUAACAAAAUGCCACAACCCUAGCAAUGCUUCCAGGCUUACUGUUACUUCUGAAAGGGAAGGAUGAGUAAUGUAAGUGCAACCAAUGUACUUCAAUAACGGACUACUGCAACCAGCAAAACAUUUAUUAGUGUUGGCCCUGGUUGUGCCAAAAAGUCCAGAUUGGGGUUUUUUUGUUUGUUGGGGUGGGGGGGGGAGGAAUAAAACCCAAGCCAAAACCCAACCAAAGCAUGUUGAAAACAGUAAUUUGUGUAUCGCAAAAACAUCCAGUGUUUGUCUACUUGAGAAGUCACCUUCCUAUUUUACCUUUAGCUGGGGAAUUCUGGUCAUUACCAGAGGGGUAGUUUGGGGUAGUUUGUUCUGCUGCCCUACAGCUUUUGCCGUGUAAACCUGCUCUUCUGCCUGUAGGCAGGCCUGACAGGAACGGUUGUCUGCAGGGAAUCUGUACAAUUAAAGUUAGUGUCAGGCCCUACAGCGUAGUGUGAGACUGUUCGGUGGCAGUAACAUACUGAUCCUCAUACUGUCCUCUUCCACCAACCAUCAUAACGGUCUUACAACCUGGAUGCAUGUGUCUUUUGGGUACUGAAACUGCUUUUGCUUUGUAUGGGCAGGGAUAUUUAGCACCAGACAUGCAAGUAUAUUACGGUGCCUGAAUAUUUUGGGUCUGACUGUCAGUGAUUUAGUUCUUUUUUUGUUUUGUUUAAGGAAGCAAACUUAACCACUGUUAACAUCCACUGUACAGAGUGUGCAUAUAAUAGCUUGAGAUAUGUAUAGAAAUACUAAUGAGUGAUACCUAUUUUUGUAACAAGAAUUGUAAACUGUUGUUCUUGUAACUGUGUAGCAAACAAUCUAUCAACUUAAGCAUGAUAAACACUUGAAGUCAAGGCGUAUUUGGGAGUGACUUGCAGGACACAGAAGCUAUCUUCAUGUAAGUUAACUGGGACAAAGGAUCUUGUUAUUUAGAGGUUCAACACCUGGAAUUAACUUCAUUAUGAAUAUGUUUCUAGGCAGGAUUGUUUGACUCAAAGAAUGAUAUUAAAUUUUCUAUUAAAAAAAGCUUGGGUCAUGUAUCUUUUUUUUUUAAACUGACUUAAUACUUUUCUCUCCUCCUUCCCUAUCUCCCACAAGUUUUCUCCCUAUCUCCCUGUAUUUUUCCCACAAGCUUUCAGGUAUUUUCAAUGGUAUGAUUUCAAUUUUUGUAACUAUUGGCAUUCCAUGGUGUGAAAACUUUGCAAUCUACUUUUUUUUAUACUAUGUUUUAUUGUGUUAAGUCUCUAAUAAACUGGAGUAUCUG